AUGUGUGGCUGCAGCAUCGCAUUGCGCCACGCAUCGCACAAUCACGGCGACAUUUCUCUUCCUAUUUUCAAGCGGUCUUCGAUGGUGCUUCAACUCUUUUUAAAUGGGCCUCCGGGGUCAGGAAAAACGACUUUAGCCAAGCUUUUAUGUCAAGAGUUCAAUCUUGAGCUCGUUGCCACAGGCGACUUGUUGCGGGAAAAUAUCAAGAUGCAGACAGCCGCUGGUCGUAAAGCUGAACGUUGUAUUGCCGGAAACAAGCUGAUUCCUGAUCGAGUGGUACUUGACAUGGUAGAAGCCAAGAUUACCAGCUGCUUGGCCCAAGGUCGGAUGGGUUGGGUGCUUGACAGUUUUCCACGGACAGCUGACCAGGCAAAGCUGCUAACGGAGAAGCCACAACUUCGUCCUGCAAUUGUGAUAUUGCUCGAUCUACCCCGACCUGAAUGCAUUGCUCGUAUCACUGGUCGCCGCUUUGAUCCGGUGACUGGAGCUGUAUAUCACUCACCCGACAGCAUGCCCCGGGAUCCGAUUAUCCGGUCGAGACUAACCAGACGACGCGAUGAUACAGAGGAGCGGAUUUUGCCACGAUUCGAAGCAUAUAAGGCUUUCGGAGAGACCACAAAUGAAAUGCUUGUUUCUUGUCAAAGUAUACUGCAUCGAAUUGACGCUUUUAAACCUUCGGCUGCCAUUUUGGAAGAGAUUUCUGUGCUGCUUCAUUCGCUAGCAAAAAGGCCACAACAGAAAUAUUCAGUCAGCAAUAACACUCACCAUGAAAGCAAUAACCAGACACAGAAUAUGGAAAAAGCGGUUUUAAAGGCAUCAGUUCGACUAUCCCCCGAGACCAUUCUAGAAAUGCCAGACGAAUCGGACGACGACGAUGGGAUACAAACAUACCGAUACGACUGGGACGAUAGCAACAGUCCAAUAAAUGGUAAUCAACGCAAAAGUUCAAUUGAGCAGCUUGAACCAGAGGACAAUGAGCGUGACGUUGUGCAAGCACUUGACAAUAAGUUAUCUUCCUCGUUUAUGGCGGCACUACCGCUGCCAGUUCUGCCGUCCAAGCCAGGAAGUUUAAUUGACGAUAAUUCUCUCCCUCCUCCCCCAGGUCCAAAGCUACGACCCUUGCCAACGCCAAAAGGCAGACUGAAAAGCUUUUUAAAACCAAGUGAAGUGAUUGAGUCGUCGGUUCAAAUCAUCGAAGGAAAUGAUAUCCUUACCGCUCGAAGCAGUACCAGCGGUAUUGCUCAAAGUAGCAUGAAUACGAUGACUUUAGAGACAGCUGCUGCGUCUAUCGAUUUGAGCACCUUUAAAGAACUAUUACUUGACGGUUUCGAGGCGGUCAAACACGGUCGGCGUGGUCGUCCACACCCACGACUCAUAUACACUGACCUUGGCUUCAAGCGAGUGUUUUGGCAGAAAGCUAUGAACCCAGCUGAUCGGGUUGGCAAAGGUAAGCAUGCUCGAAUGGAGCAGAGCAUUGUUUUAAGCGAUGUCAUUCAAAUCACGCGUGGCAUGAAAACUGCUGUUCUCAAACGAUCUGGUAAUGUUGCGCGAUACGAGUGUUACGUAUCGCUAGUGACGCCACGACGUACGCUGGACUUGGAGUUGCCCAAUCUUCAGUUAGCGGACUUUUUGCAACGAGGUUUCGAGCAACUUCUGCAUCACUAA